AUGCUCGAACGUCUAUCACAUGAUGAUAUUGUUAAAGGAGCUACACAACUUAAUGAAAUAUACUAUGAUGAUAUGGAUUUAAAUGAACUAAUCAAUGAAUGUUUACAUUUAAAAGCACACAUAAUACAACUGGCUGACGAUAAGCAAAACAAUGUUCCCAAACUUCUUCAAAUUUUACAUGAAAAAAACUUAAUUUCAAUACAUCCCAACAUCGAAAUAGCACUCAGAAUAUAUACAUCUACUGCGGUCUGCGGUGACUAA